AUGAGUAAGAUCAGUGAGACCAUCAAUCGGGCCAGAGCUGCCUUCAACUCUGGCAAAACCAAACCCUUGGAGUUUCGGUUACGGCAGCUGGAAAACCUCCUAAGGAUGAUGGAGGAGAAAGAAAAGGACUUUACUGCAGCCCUGAAAGCUGAUCUCCACAAGGGUGAAUGGCCUGCAUAUUAUGAAGAGAUCAUUUAUGCCGUGGAAGAAACUAAACAUGCAAUCGCCAACCUUCCCCAGUGGAUCCUUGAUGAGCCUGUGGAGAAGGACUCUCAAAGGAAGGAUGAUGUGCCUUACAUCCACUCAGAACCAAUGGGCGUGGUUCUGAUCAUGGGAGCCUGGAACUACCCCUUCAAUCUGACCAUUCAGCCAUUGGUGGGCGCCAUUGCUGCAGGCAAUGCUGUAGUCAUCAAGCCUUCUGAGCUGAGUGAGCAAACAGCCAUCACGUUGGCUAAAAUGAUCCCUCAGUACCUGGACAAGGUCAUUAAGAAGAUUGUUGCAGAGACUUCCAGUGGAGGCUUUUGUGCCAAUGAUGUGAUUGCCCAUCUUGGUCUCCACUCUCUACCCUUUGGGGGUGUAGGUGACAGUGGCAUGGGCUCCUAUCACGGCAAGGACAGUUUUAGGACCUGCUCUCACCGCCGAUCCUGCUUGAUCAGGCCUCUGAAGAAGGAGGAAAGUGACAAAAUUCGAUUCCCACCUUUCCCUGCUAAGGUCACACACAAAUGAGAUGAUAUAAGUCCUUUGCAAUACUGGAACAAAUUGCUGUCUGGAAGUCCACGGUUUUACUGAACCUCUGAAACUUCAUCCCUGCUACUCCCAGCCUCUCCCCUAUUUUCUACCUGCGUCUAGUAAUUCUACCCCUUCCUCAAUUAGCAGCUUGAUGAUCACCUCCUCGGAGAAGUUUUCCUAGACCUUAACCUACAGCUGGGACACCUUUUUCUCCUGGAUGCCAGCAGCAUUUACUGUCCCUAUCUUGCCUUUGGCCUUAUCAUAAACUCCUUUGGGUUGUCAAUUAGUUGUUCUGGGUUCCUACAUCUUUAUCUUUCCCUUUGGACUGGAAGCUCCUUGAGGGCAGGAAUCAAGUCUUAUGUUUCUUUUGUAUCAAUUACCCCACCUAGUAUGGUGUUGAGCAAGAACAUUUAUUCA